AUGAGCGAACCGCAGAUAGAGGAAGAGCUGCGAGCCAGGCUUGCGGCUGUCGAGCUUCGUGUGCGAAAUGCUUGCGAUCUCAUCCCCAUCCAGCAUUGGGGCUUCGAUGAAUCGAUCAGAAGCCGACUUGAACAAAGAAAGUUUUCAAUUGUUGGACAAAAUAUCUCAAAAGAUGACAAAAAGAAGAUGUCAAAGAAGAGAAAGCAUAAGCUGGCUAAACAAUUAGGCGCUGUUCCUUCAACGGUGAGCCAAGUUCUUGAUUGGAUGAACACACAACCAGGAUUGAAAAACGUCGAAGCAAAGGCGCCUCAACUCAAACCGGCAGCUAAAGCUACUGUAAAUCCCGUGAAAAAGAACGGUAACUCACAGCCAGCAAAAAAGACAGGUUCAUCAAGUUCUGAAGAAGACGACGAUGAUGAUGAAAAGGAAGAAAAACCUUCACUUGCUCAGCCCAUCGUUGAGGAAACAAGUUCAGAUGAAGAAGAAAGCGAUGAAUCUUCAGACGACGAGGAAGAAUCUUCGCUAGCAAAGCAAACAGCCUCAAAGAAAAGAAAAAAUACUGGAGUAAGCGAAGCACUAGAAAGCAAACGUCCUAAAAACGAGGAAUCAAAUGCUUCAUCAAACCCAAUCGAUUCUCGGCAGACGGCAAUUGAGAAGUUGAAAAACAAGCUGGAGUCUUUUAAAGCACAACGUCGCGGAAAGAAAAGCGCUGAGGACUUUGAACAGGCUCGCAAGUUGAAACGCCGUAUGUCUAAAUUGAAGUUGAAACAAAAACGAGUUGAAGAGAAGAAAGCGCCCGAAAAGACUGAGCCAAAAGUUGAUCCACAUGUCAAAAAUGAACAGAAUGCAAAGGCUGCACUGAAGUCAGAAGAAGCUGUUGUGAAUGGCAUCACUUACAGCAAAUUUGAUUUCAUUGUUCGUGAUGACAAAAAGGCUCUAACGAAGCAAGAAAAACGGGAUAAAUUUUCUGGCAAAGACUACAAGCGGUUGAUUGAGAAAGCUGAACGCCGAAAGGAAAAGAUUGAAAGUAUCAGAACUAAAAAUCCUGAGAAAGCUGAACACAUUGAAGAAUCGAUCAAAUGGAACAAGGUUUUGCAACAAGCGGAAGGUCAAAAAGUUCGGGACAACGUUGACAUGUUGAAACGGGCCGCAAAACGGAAAGAAAAGACAAAGGAACGAAGCAAGAAGAAAUGGGAUAAUCGACAGAAGACUGUCGAGGAGAAGCAAACGAAACGUCAAGAUAAACGCGUAUCCAACAUUGAUAAACGAAAAGAAGAUAUCAUGUUGAAUCAAAAGCCUUCCGAUGAUCCUCAACGACUCACGAUGCCAAAUCUUUCACAACCUCCGCCUACACCACUAUUUGUGAUGAAUUUGACAACGAUGGGUAAUGCGAGACCAACAACAUCGUACACGAUGCCGCCUCCAUCAAUGCCAAUACAGUCAAUGUCUCAAAAUUUCGCUAUCCCGCCACCAUUUCAGGGAAUGUACUCUGUGCCACCACCACCGAUUGUUUUCACACAUCAAAUGUUGCCACCACCUCUUGCUGCGCCCCCCCCAUCCCCGCAGCUCACACAAUUCCUCGAAGACAUCAGUGAUGAUGAAGAACCGGAAAAGGAAACGAAAUCGAGAAAAAGACCACUUGAUAAAGAUGAUAAAGUAAAGAAAAAGAAGAGAAAAUCGGAAAAGAUCGAGAAAACGAGCAAAGAGAAAUCCCUUGGCACCACGUUGUUCGCUUUAGCCGAGGAGACACGUUUGAGGCAAGAAAAGCAAAAGAAUACGUUAAAGCCAAGUAGUCCUGAAAUGGAAAAAAUUGAGCCGGAAAAUGCAAAAGUAGUCGAAAAUGAAACGAUUGAGAAGAAGGAUUUCGAAACUGAUGAGAGAAAUCGAGGAAAGGAUACUGAAUUUUGUCGUCUCACCGAAGAGGAUUUCGCGAAUUGGGAUGAUGAUUGGGUGGAGGAGAUGGACAAAUCCGAGGAAAAUAUUGAUAAUGAGAAGCAAGUGAAACCGAAUUUAGAGAGAGCUACUGUCGUGGAUUGGGAACGUUUCUAUACAAUUCUACCGAAUGCAGAGAGUUCCCUAUCGAAACAGAUCUCGGAGAAAUUUCAGCUCGAAGUGCGACAAGCUUGCGCAAUAGAACGCGAGAAACGCGUCGAAGUGCCCAGGCCAGCCUCACCUGCAAUGCACGCAAAAUGCAAAUGCGGUGCCGCGACGGAUGACGAAAGUUCAUCCGAAUCCGAUGAUGACGAGAAAGAGAGCACAUUGAGCACAAGUAUUCAACAAGAGGUGGAGCGCAAACGAAAUCAUCCGGCGAGCGUGUCUCGAGAGAUCGCUUUCAAUGAGACGAAACAGGGAAACGAUGGUCCUUUGUGUCGGUGCUCGAACAAUGCCGCGAAGAAAGGCAUUCGACACGGGUACUUCGCCGGCGAGAAGCCAAUCCCCAAAUGUGGCGGCAACUCUCCAUUGUAUCACUAUUACUUGCGAGCGACUCCGCUCCCAUCGAAUGCCCUUCGAAACGCUGGCCCUCUUGUGCACGAAACGAAACAAUACAAUCUUGAGGGAUUCUCCGUUUAUUUACACGAAAAACUCCCGAAUCGUUUUCCCAAAAUGCCGCUGACCACUUUUGGACCGGAGUACUCGUUUGAGUUGCUCAAAGACGAGGACAAUGUUUGGAUCGGCUCCGUGCAAGAGAUGGAGCUUUUCCGUGGCUAUCUCUUUGAAGACGUGAUGGAAUUGGUUGAUGAGUGGAGGUUUCCGAGCGAAUCCGAUACCGAAACAAAUUGCCCUGUCUAUCAUAUUGCUCCACGAUACGUUCAUCGAGAUAAAACCUCCACCCAUCUCCUGCCGUUGUCCAUUGUCCUAGCGCAUUACACUUGUCGAUUUCAAACGUUCUUGGCGUCGAGUUUACCGCCGAUGGGUGAUGUGAAAACGCAGAAACGUUUGCAAUACGAGCUGAAGGAUAACAUUGUGAUCAAUUCGGUUAUGCGUCCAGCCGCUCUCCGAAUCGAUCGAAUCGAGGGAGUACAAGAAGGAGCAGCACUCACCCUCAAAGUCGUUCAUAUGGCUCAACGACCAACCGCCUACACCCUGCACGGUCGACCCGAGUACCAGAAAACGAUGCGAAAGUUGACGCGAUUGAAAAGAAUGUUCAGAAAUCGGAGAACGAUUCCAACACAGGAAGAGAAAGAUAUGGUGAUGAAAUACGAGAAUGAAAUAGCGAGAUACGACAGUGAGAGCAUUCAACGCAAAGAGACUUUUGUACACCUACCAAUUGCCGGCUAUCGCAAUACGGGCAUUCGAUCCGACAUGAUUCAUCAUGGACUUUUAUUCGUGCUCGCCAUGCAUCACAUUAGAUAUCAUUGGUCAUUGCAGCUUCUCGAAGAGAAAAUGGGCUACCAUUUUCAAGAUCGAAGCCUUGUCGAGUUGGCCUUCACUCAUCCGUCAUUUAGGAAAAAUUUCGGUCAAAACCCGGAUCAUGCUCGUAACGUUUUCGCAAAUUUGGGCAUUCGAAUGAGACCGCAGAUACCGAAUCAUGAAUGGAAUAAGAAAAAUGGAGGAAGGAAGAAAGGAUUGAACUCUCUUCAAUUCACAAUGUCUCGAGAAGGGUCAAAGAAAAUCGAGCAAAGUUUCGUCAAUCACAACGAGAGAUUGGAGUUUUUGGGUGACGCAGUAGUGGAAUUCAUGACCACCGUGCAUCUCUACUUUUGCUUUCCCCGCCUACAAGAGGGUGGUUUAGCGACUUUUCGAACAGCUCUGGUCCAAAAUCGAAAUCUCGCUCAAUUGGCUGGGCGUCUCGGCUUAGACUCGUGGAUGCUGUUCUCGCAUGGACCGGAUCUUUGUCAUGAGGCUGAUAUGAAACACGCGAUGGCAAACGCUUUUGAAGCACUCAUGGCUGCCGUCUUUUUGGAUGGAGGAAUUGAUCAUUGCGAUCGAAUCUUCUCCGAAGUGAUGUUUAGCAAUGAUGAAGUGAUGCGAGAUCGAUGGGUGAAUGUUCCAGAACAUCCGCUUAAAGUUGAGCACCCUGAUGGUGAUCGUCAUCUAAUUGACUCGAUACCAGCGCUGAGAAAGUUGAAGGAAUUCGAGGAUACGAUCGGUCUUCGCUUUGAGCACAUUCGACUACUGGCCAAAGCUUUCACAAGACGAAGCGUGCCAAUGAAUGAUUUAACCAGAGGUCACAAUCAACGCCUCGAGUUCCUCGGAGACUCCGUUCUACAAUUGAUCGUUUCCGAUUUUCUCUACAAACAUUUCCCCGGUCAUCACGAAGGACAUUUAUCUCUGUUGAGAACGUGUUUAGUCUCGAACAGUACUUUGUCAAUAAUCUGCGAUGACCUUUCCCUGACCACUUAUUUGAUCGAACCACCGCGAAGGAGUGCUCGACUUCAGCCGCUUAAAACGAAAGAUAGAGCCGAUCUUGUGGAAGCCUUAAUGGGAGCCAUCUACGUGGAUCGUGGCUGGGACUAUUGCCGGGUGAUUUGCCGGGUUUGCUUCUUUCCUAGGCUCAAGUAUUUCAUUCGAAACGACAAUUGGAACGAUCCGAAAUCUCGGCUGCAACAAGCUUGUUUAGCGUUGAGAGCCCCAGGCGAAGCACCGAUCCCUAUUUAUAAAAAAAUCUCCGAGAAUGGACCAACGAACACGCGACGCUUUGAGGUUACCGUCUCGUUCAAGGGUGAACGCUUGGCAGUGGGUGUGGGAAGCACGGUACAACUGGCCGAGAUGAACGCCGCCGAGAAGGCGCUUGAGAUGCACACCGAACGUUUCCGGCUGAUGACCGAAAAGGGUCGAGUGGUGAGGGGAAUGAAAGUGGAGUUGCCGAAACAACCGCCCGUGUCGCUGAUGGAUUUGAAGCUUGAACCGUUAUUGCCGGAUACAAGUCUCCCUCCACCGUUGCUUCAUUCGCAAAACAUUCAGCCACAACGAUCGCAGAUGAUCACACGGCUUUACCCAAAUGCACAGGUGCCAGUGACGAUCCCAGUGACGAUUCCAGUGACGAUAAACCCAAGAAUGAUAGGAACAAUGCCCCGAAAUUCUCUCAAUUUCAACACUCCUCCGAUGUCACACUUUCCGAUGACUCAACCACCACCUUUACCUCAACACCUUCCACCAAAUCCAGGAAUGUACAGUAAUCCAAAAGGAUCUUCCCAAAAUCCUCGUCAUCCUCAU